ACUUCCACGACAGUGUGCGAGGAAUCAAAUCCAGUUGAACUGCUGUGUAAACAAACAACAAUGACAGAAUACGACAACCUUUCCGACUCGAAUAUCGUUCCCUAUGUUGUUUCAUCAAAGGAUCUCCAUGACAAUUGGACGUUACUAGAUGAGGCCCCGACUCUAACAACGAGCGCUUCGAUUAAGGCGACAAUCCUUUGCAUUAUGGCUGUCGCGUCGCUGAUUGGAAAUAUGGCAACUCUAAUUAGCAUCGCUCUUACGAAAAGAGGGACCAGCAGCUCGUUAUACACUCUUCUCUUCCAGCUGGCCAUUUCUGACUUGUUAGUUAGUGUGUGGUGCUUAUCCGGAGAAGCCGCCUGGACGUACACAGUGGAGUGGAAAGGAGGGCAGUUUUUGUGUAAAACUUUCAAGUUUUCCCAGGUAUUCAGCUUAUACUUGUCAACCUCAACUAUGGUGCUGAUAGGAUUUGAUCGAUUGAGAGCUAUUCGUCGGCCGAUAAGCCACCGUUCGUGUCUAAAGCCAAUCUGUGUUGCUUGGAUGCUUAGCGCAGCAUUAGCUUCACCUCAGCUUCUCAUUUUCCGUGUAUUGAAAGGGCCAUUCCGCGAGCUUUUCUAUCAGUGUGUUACCUAUGGAUUUUACACAGAAGAAUGGCAAGAGCAGCUCUAUACUGUCUUUAGCCUCUUUACAAUGUUUGUCAUUCCGCUAGUUAUACUGGUAGUUUGUUACGUCUGCAUUUUCUGCACUAUCGCAAUAGAAAAAGAGCGGGCCUUCGUGAUACGCGCACCACAUCCAUCGAUGGAACGCUGGCCGGCCGAGAGUCUCGUUUCAAACGUGCGAGCGAGAGAUCAACAUCGGCAACAUUCUCCGCAGCGACAUCACACCAUUUUCAACAGACGUCGUAACAACAUCUUCAAACGGGCAAAGAUGAAAUCGCUGCGGAUUUCCAUUAUAAUUGUUACCGCUUUUGUGAUAUGCUGGGCUCCAUAUUACUUCAUGAUGAUUACUUUCAUCUUCCUCAAUCCUGAUGAUAAGUUGGGAGAGGACAUGCAGUCAGCCAUCUUCUUUUUCGGCAUGAGCAACUCGUUAGUUAAUCCCCUCAUCUACGGUGCCUUCCAUUUGUGGCAGCCCUCUGUUGGAAGAAGUCGAAAGCUCCCCGGCUCCUUCUCGACAGCCUUCACAGAUAGCGUACGUGGGGGACUGGUAGCCGGACACAGACGUCGCCCAGAACCAGUAACUGGCCAUGCCGUUGUAGUACAUCAGGCCCCAAUGACUCCUUCCGCUGUUCACAAAUCACACAAGCGCUGUUCCCUUCGACGACAAAAUCGGCCACAUCCAUGUCGAUAUCGAACGUCUACCACCAGUCUCUGAACUUAUGUACAUUGUAAUGUACACACUACUCACGCCAAGCGUCUUCUGCGAAACCUGUUGUGAAUUCAGCGAGAAUUUCCUGUUGGACACAUCCUUUAAGAUCAGCUGGAAUUUGUUUAUACGUAAACACUAUAUCUACCUACACAAAAUCGAGUUUUCCUUGACUCUGUUAACAUGCUUCCACCGUCAAAUUUUGUUUGCUCAACAUGCUGAAUCAUUCUUUUGCUGUACAAAUUUAACAAUACGUAAUCGCUGAAGUUGGUAAACAAUGAGUGAAAACAUAAACAAGUCACACGCUGUCAGCUUUUCUCAAUUUGGUAUAAAUUGUUUUAGCUUUGUUUAAACGAGCAAACUUUCCCCUACUGGCGUCAGUUUACAGAAUACAAAACAUUCUUGGGUAGACUGUCAAGAAGCGGCAAAUUGGAAUUCUUGGAAGAUGUUAACUUUCCCACCUGAAAAGGGAUUGUGUUUAUAGCGCAUCAUUGUAUUACUUA